AUUCUUUCGGGCAGUAUCGAUACGAUCGCCGUACUCGUUCGAGCGUUCACGUGUGAGAAAAAACAGAAUCGAGAUCGAGACGAGAAAGCGCGAGGAAGAGAAGGAGAAGAAGAAGUGAAGAUAAGUUUUCGAGGAGUUGGAGUAAUUGAUUCGAUUCGGUGUUUCCUUCGCUGUCUGGAAGAUUCAUCAAGAUGUUCAAAUUCGUGGUAGUCGGCGCACUCUUCGUGGUAUCCGCUCUCGCUGCACCGGCCUCACAGGAUGCGGGGGUGGCACCGCCACCCUCGAUCCUCGAGGAAGCUCUCGACGUGUACGCUUCCUGUUCCGGGGAAUCGAGUAUUGCGGUGUGUCUCAAGAUGAAGGCCCUGCGCUACGUCGACCGUGCCGCUCGUUCGGCCGACAUCGAGAUCAUUGACGGAUUCAAGAUCGUACAGACUGAAGAUGCCAAAAAUAGCCGAGCUGACAAUGCAAGGUCUCUUAACGACAUUGAAAAUACUUUACCUGUUGAGACCGAAGCCAAGGAAGCUGCAAUUGAUCAGGCCAUUGUCGACAGAGCCGCCAAAUUCUUAUCCACGCAUACUGUUGAAUUGAGUCUUCCCGAAGACGUUUCCCGCUCUUUUGAUGAAGCUCGUGGCAAGAAGAAGAAAAUCGUUAAAUCUCUCUUACCCAUCCUUCUCCUUCUGAAACUGAAAGCUGCCGCUCUUAUCCCUAUUGCCCUUGGUGCUUUGGCUUUGAUAGCUUUCAAAGCCCUUAUCAUCGGCAAGAUCGCUCUCAUCAUUAGCUUGAUCAUCGGUCUGCAAAAACUCCUUGCCUACAAGAGCCAGAGUUACGAGGUCGUUGCUCACCCCGUUCAUGAUUAUGGACACGAAGUGCAUCACGACCAUGGUCACGGCUGGGCGAGAUCAUCGGCUGGUUCUGAUCUCGCAUACAAGGCGUACAAACCUUCCGAAUAGCUCAAAGUUACGCAUAACUUCUUCCCUUUCUAAUUUUCUACCUACAUUCGCCAAAGUGAUCGUCCAUAAUCCAUCGAUCACCUGAGGGUGGCGUGACUCAACUUCUCAGGGAUCCGUGAACAAGUUCAGCUCGACGACAAAGACGUUUACCUUACGAUAUACAAACGACUAUACUGAACGCAAUUCUAUGUGGACGGGUAAAGGACUGUUAGAUACGGACGAGAUUACUGGAUUUUGCGUGAACUGGAUUUAACGGUACGAUGACUUGACGACUUGGACGACGGUGCUGUAAUUCAAUAAGGACAACCAAUAAGGAUACUACGAUAGUUGUGUGGUUCGAUACAUUACGACAAAUCUAUGACGAAGCUUAUCACUUUACCAACAUCAACAGAAUACUGUGCUCAGAGAUUAUGAGAAUCUCGAAAGACUCUCAAGUGGAAUCCUGUCAGAAUGGUAGAAGUCGCG